CUUUCCAUAAACAUCCAUUCAUGUUUAGUAUAAAAAAAAUUUGCACUUCAAUUGAAUAGUGAAAGAAGCAUUGUCCAACAUAAUUAAAGUAUUAAAAAAAAAAGUUUUAUUGCACAUUUCCCAUGUCUUAAAAAUGUUUCAGCCUUGCUUGUAAGUAGCUGCUACACAGCUGAAGCAUCAAAAACUCCAGGGUGUCACUGGACAAAACAAGCAGUAAGGAAGAAAAAAUGCAAAAAAAUAUUCAAGAUGGAAAAGGGUGUUUGCAGGAAAAUGUCUCGGAAGAAACAGUCAUACAUUCCUGGCCUGAAUGCCAGACCGGAUGAUUUUGAGAUGCCCCCACGACCCCAAAUAGAGACUGAAGAUGAUAUCCUUAUUGACGACUUUUGUAAAGGCAAGAAGAAUCCAUCAAUGGUUUUGCAUGAAUACUGCCAGAAAAAUAAAAUUCCCUUGACCUUCAAAGAUGAGCCAGUUGAUCUUAAACAGAGGAAUGCAGUAUAUGGCAAUUUUGGUUGCAGAGCCAUAAUAGAUGGCUUAGCGUACCCACAAGGAGUGGGAACAAAUAAGAAAGAAGCCAAAAAUGAAGCCUCUAAGCUGGCAUUUCGAGCUUUAGUUGGGCUUGAUGAUUACACACCAGUUCCCCUUAGUGUUGAUCUGGAUGAUAACAGGUUUAUAGAGGUGCGAACCUUAAGUGAUAUCUGUGAACGGAAAGGGCUGCGUUAUAUCAAAGACAUGAGUCUGGAACCAGAUCAAAAAUAUACCUGCACCUUGGUUAUAUCAGGGUUUGAUCCAAUCAGAGAGACCAGUGCCGACAGGGAGGAAGCAAUAAUUAUUGCCCACAGAAAAGCACUUCAGCUACUUAAAGGAAAUGUAUCAGAGAUAGAGCUUCAGCCUGAAGCCUCAGCCAACGGAGUACGUCUUCCUAGUCCCAACUUGGCUUAUUCCAGGGAAAAAAUAGCCCUGGAGGCCCUCUAUGAAGUUUUAAGUACUUUACCCCCAGAACUCCAUGCUGUUGAACAUCAUUUGGCUUGUAUAUUCAUGUCUAAUGACUCCAUAUCUGAGUUUAAAGGUGAAGGAACCAUUGUAGCUUGCGGCACUGGCAACAGCAGCAUUGCUGUGGAGUCUUUGACCUUAGAUGGCCGCUGUUUGCUAGAUAGUUCCUGCCUGACCACCGCUAGAAGAGCUUUUAAAAGGUUUCUGGCUCAUGAGAUGCUGUCAUGCUAUGGGAACAAAGCUCAGUCCAUAUUUGAAAGGUCAGCUUCUGACCCUACAAGGUUAAAGUUGAAGAAAGGCUUCAUGUUCCAUCUGUACCUCAGCCACCCACCAGACGGAGAUUAUAAAGAAUUUAUUCACUGUCCUUCAACUUUCACCCCAGAGGUCAAAGCUGAAAUCAAGCUUGGGGCUCAUCACCCUACCUUUACUGAUGAAAUACAUGGAGCACUUAUGUGUAAAAAUGAACACAGGAUGCUAGAGAGGACAUCCCAGAUGCCAGAUUUCAAGUCCUUGAAUGAUGUCCUUAAGACCAAUGAGAUGUGGGUCAUGUCCUCCUCCGACAAGCUACUCCGAUGGAAUGUUCUAGGUCUGCAGGGGGCAGCCUUGUCUCAUUUUAUCGAUCCUGUUUACAUCACCUCCAUCUCACUAGGCUACAAUAAACUGAAUGACCAUGGUCACUUGUCCAGAGCUGUUUGCUGCAGACUCUACAAUGAAAUGCAAGAUGACUUGCCACCACCCUACACAAUAAACCACCCAUGCCUUGCCUUCAGCCCAUCAACUCCAAGAACCCACUUUGUCCAGGGAGAGAGUCAGAGUGCCUUGUCGCUGAAUUGGAAUCGUCAUGACCGAGCGGUAGAGAUUACAGAUGGACUGAAAGGCCGCAGUGAUCCUUCGUCACCAUUUCGUGUAUCAGCAACCCUGGUCAGCCGUCACUGCAAGGCUGGGCUGCACCUGAAGUGGUUUAAAGACCUGUGCACCGCCAACCCACAGCACAAGAUGGUGCCCAGUUUUGUCAACAAGAGUCCUUAUGAAAUCAAAUCCAUGGCAACCUCUUACCAACAAGCUAAAACUGUUUUUUUCAAACACUGUCAAGACAUUGGUAUUGGUAAAUGGAUUCAUGCACCACCAGAACUGAACAUGUUCAAUAAAUGAAACACAACUUCACUGAACAAAAUCUAAAUAAGCAAUAUCUUGAUUUUAAUUACCUGUGUUUGUUGUUUGAGUUGAUGCUUUUUUAAAAAGAAAAAUUAUUUAUUUAUUCAGUUUACAAUUUCUGUUUUAAGUUCAGUUUUUUCGGUCUGAUUAUUACCACAGUAUAGUACCAUGUAAUAGAUUCAUGCACCACCAGAACUUAACAUAUUCAAUAAAUGAAACAUAACUGCACUAAAAAUCUAAAUAAGCAAUAUAUUGUUGUUAAUUACCGGUGUUUGUUGUUUGAAUUGAUGGUUUAUUUUUUUUAGGAAAAAUCACUUCAUCAGUUUACAGUUUUUAAGUUAAGUUUUUUUGGUCUGAUUAUUACCACAGUAUAUGACCACGUUACACCACCAUAACUUAACAUGUUCAUAAAUGAAGCACAUAAGCUAAACAAGCAAUAUAUUGUUUGAUGUUAGUUACCAGUGUUUGUUUGAAUUGAUGUUUUUUUUUUAAAGAAAAAUCACUUAUUUCAUCAGUUUACAGUUUUUUUGUUUUAAGUUUUUUAAUCUAAUUAUUAUGACAAUAAAUAACCACGUAUUAGAUUCAUGCACCACCAAAACUGAACAAGUUCAAUAAAUGAAACACAACUUACUGAACAAAAUCUAAAUAAGCAAUAUAUUGAUGUUAAUUACCAGUGUUUGUUGUUUGAAUUAAUGUUUUUUUUUAAAGAAAAGUCACUUAUUUUAUCAGUUUACAGGUUUUGUUUUAUGUUUCUUUUGGUCUAAUUAUUACCACAGUGUAUGACCACGUAAUACAUACAUUUUAUGUAUGUGUUAAAUUUGUUUAUGCUUAUUAUUAAUUCUGUUGACCACACCACUAGCAGUUAUUGCUGGUUUAGCAAAUAGGUUUUAUUUUUUAAAAUAUGUUGAUACUUUAACAGUCAGUAAUAUAAAUGUUGUAAUUUUUAAAAAAUAAAUUACUUUAUGUAAUUGAAAAAAUUGAAAACAGUAAAAGGUAAUUUUAAUUUAGAAUUUUUUAUUUAAAAAAUAAACAAUUAUUACUUGUUUUAUCUCUCAAUAAACUUAGGCAAUACAAUUUGGUUGUAACAGAUUCGGGUGUUCCAUUUACCUGUAAUGAAAGGUCGUUUGGAUCACUUGUGGAAAUAGCCUGAAUGACAGAUAUGUUGUCAAAAAAGUUAUUUUAUUGAUCAAGAAUGUUAGAUUUUUUCCCCCUGAAAGACUAUUGUUUCAUUCAUUUCAAAUAUGGGACCCUCUAUGAUUGUUUCAUUCAUUACAAAUAUGGGACCCUCUAUGAUUGUAUGAGUUACUGCAAAUAUGUGACCAUCUAUGAUUGUUUCACUCAUUACAAAUAUGGGACUCUCUAUGAUUGUAUGAGUCAUUGCAAAUAUGUGACCCUCUAUGAUUGUAUGAGUCAUUGCAAAUAUGUGACCCUCUUUGAUUGUAUGAGUCAUUGCAAAUAUGUGACCCUCUAUGAUUGUAUGAGUCAUUGCAAAUAUGUGACCCUCUAUGAUUGUAUGAGUUACUGCAAAUAUGUGACCAUCUAUGAUUGUUUCACUCAUUACAAAUAUGGGACUCUCUAUGAUUGUAUGAGUCAUUGCAAAUAUGUGACCCUCUAUGAUUGUAUGAGUCAUUGCAAAUAUGUGACCCUCUAUGAUUGUAUGAGUUACUGCAAAUAUGUGACUCUCUAUGAUUGUAUGAGUCAGUAUUGAAGCACUGUUAACACUUAUGUCAAUGGUGAUAUUUGUACUGUCAUCAGACUAUUAGUCUGAGUAAUUUUAAUUUUGAUGUUUACUAUCUGAUACAUUUUUCAUGUAGACAUACUAUUUAACAUAAGUAUACCAAUGAGAUCGUAAGCUACUUUCAAAAGGCAAUUAAAAUACUUAAAAAGAACACAAGAAAGCCACUUCAAAUGUGUUAAGAUAUUAAUAUAAAUUUAGAAAAAGCUAAAACCUCAUACUUGACAUUUUUUAUUACCCUCCCCCUACCCCCUUCACUGACUCAAAUACUGAAAUAGUUUGAUGUGCAAGCUGACUCAUUUUGUUGUGUAUAGUCACAUAUUGGCUUCUUGGAUGUAUAGUCGCAUUCUGUUUAUUAUUGUAAAAACUUUUAAUAUUCAAUACUCUUUCCAGUGUUAAAGAGGUUUCAUUUUAAAAAUUUUUUAAAAAUAGAACUUAAUUACCUUGAUGAGUCUCUUUCUUGGCCUAUGCUACCAAUAAAUAGCAACAUAUUUUAGACUUUUUGUUUAUCUCAAAGUUGGGUCUAUCUUCUUCUGACAUUUGGGUCUACCAUGACAUUUUGUCUAUAAAAAAUUGCCUACAAACAGUUUGUGUACCAUGACACUUAUUCUACUGACUUUGGUUUACCAACAUUUGGUCUGCUAAGACAUUUGGGUCUACCAUGACAUUUUUUCUAUAAAAAAUUGCCUACAAACAGUUUGUGUACCAUGACACUUAUUCUACUGACUUUGGGUUUACCAACAUUUGGUCUACUAAGACAUUUGGGUCUACCAUGACAUUUUGUCUAUAAAAAAUUGCCUACAAACAGUUUGUGUACCAUGACACUUAUUCUACUGACUUUGGGUUUACCAACAUUUGGUCUACUAUGACAUUUGGGUCUACCAUGAUAUUUGGUCUACUGAAACAUAGUCUACCCCGGUAUGGAAUGGUAAAGUGGCUCAGAAUUUGUAGCUGGGUUAGGGUUAGACCUGAGAAUAACAUUUGACUAUAAAUAGGUAAGAACAUUUUGUUAGCUCCUGUUUUAAAGUUUUUUAUUAGUCAAAUAAUAAAACUAAAAAAAUAGUAUUCCUUUUUAGAACGAGUUACCUACUACAUUUGCGUUAUUAAUUUAAGGUAUCCGGUGCACUGCUAAACUUGUGCUGUAGAUUUUAAUUUAAAAAUAUUGAACAUUUCCUACAUGUCCUUAAAGAAAUGGUUCAUUGAUAGUAGCAGUAAAAAAAUGUGGAAAUUAAACCAAUGUAAUCUGACUGUCAGUAGACCAAAUGCUGGUGGAAAAACUAUGCUCGUCAAAACAUUUGUAGAUGAAUUGUGGCGGUUCCCGCAAUAGACAGACCAACUUCCUGACAUACCAGUAUUAUCUGUUUUAUUUAACAUCACAAUAUUAUUUUAGACAAGUUUUUUCUCUCUGAUAAAAGCUGUCAAAAUGUAACUUGGUAAAAUAGCAUUUAAAAAUGCUUUAUGGACUUGUAAAUACUUCUGUUUAUGUUUUGUUUCAGUUUUAUUUUGAUUUUUUAUAUUAUGAAAUGCAUAUUAAAACAGUUCCUGUGAAAAGCCA